UCCUCACCUCGCACCCUCCACUUCCAGCAGUCUCGCGGAGAGCACGAGCGCACAUACAGGCAAAGAAGCAAGUUACAACCAUGGCAGCUCCGGCGUCCGAGCGGUUCGACGUGAUCGUGGUGGGCGCGGGCAUCAUGGGAAGCUGCGCGGCGCACGCGGCGGCGUCCCGUGGCGCGCGCGUGCUCCUGCUGGAGCGCUUCGACCUGCUGCACCAGCUCGGCUCGUCUCACGGCGAGUCCCGCACCAUCCGCGCCACCUACCCGCAGCCGCACUACCCGCCACUGGUCCGCCUCUCGCGCCGCCUCUGGGACGACGCCCAGCGCGACGCCGGAUACUCCGUGCUCACGCCGGCGCCGCACCUCGACCUGGGGCCCAAGGACGAUCCUGCGUUCGUCGCCGCCGUCGCUAACGGUGGCGCCACCGAGCUCGCCGCCGGCGAGGGUGGAGCCAGGCCAAAGUGGGCGGAGGUGUUCAGGGUGCCGGAAGGGUGGACGAUGGCGAGCAGCGAGUUGGGCGGGGUGAUGAAGGCGACCAAGGCCGUGGCCAUGUUCCAGGCGCUCGCCGUCAAGAUGGGCGCCGUCGUCAGGGACAGGGCCGAGGUGGUCGACGUCGCCAGGAAGCAAGGAGAUGGAACGAUCGUGGUUCGGACAUCGAGCGGCGAGGAGUUCCAUGGAGCCAAGUGCAUCAUCACCAUCGGCGCGUGGACGAGCAAGUUGGUGAAGUCCGUCACCGGAACCGACUUUCCCGUGCAGCCACUCCACGUCCUCAUAUGCUACUGGAAGGUCAAACCAGGCCACGAGCACGAGCUCACGACGGAGGCCGGAUUUCCGACAUUUGCUAGCUAUGGUGACCCGUACAUCUACAGCACGCCAUCGAUGGAAUACCCUGGCCUAAUCAAGAUCGCAAGGCAUGGUGGGCCACCUUGCGACCCAGACAGCAGGGACUGGGCCAUCGGCUCCGGGGAAGGAGGGCUGGUGGAUCCUGUGGCGCGGUGGAUCGACGAGGUGAUGCCAGGAAUGGUGGACACCGCCGGCGGGCCGGUUCUCCGGCAGCCGUGCAUGUACUCCAUGACGCCGGAUGAGGACUUCGUGAUCGACUUCCUGGGCGGGGAGGAGUUCGGGAUGGACGUGGUUGUCGGUGCCGGGUUCUCAGGGCACGGCUUCAAGAUGGGGCCGGCGGUAGGAAAGAUCCUGGCCGAAAUGGCGCUGGAUGGCGAGGCAAGGACGGCCGCGGAGGCCGGCGUGGAGCUUCGACACUUCAGGAUCGGCCGGUUCAAGGGCAACCCGAUGGGGAAUGCCAUGAGUUUCUGAGAUGAAAUUACGAAACUGAUCUUUAUGCGACCGUCGCAAUUGAUAUUGGUUUGUGUUUGUUACAGCUUGUCCAGUGUUAAUGUGAUAUGCACAACUUUUAUGUGA